AUGAUGUCCAUUCCCAUUCAAAAGGUCGUCGCCUCUGUCUCCCCGACGGGCACCACCAUUCACGACCGCUUCCGAACUGCUCGCCAUCGCGAGUCUCUUUCCGAUAUUCGCCAGCCCAAGGUCCUCCAUCCCCUGGAGAACGAGGGCCUGCGUUUGCUCAUCCUCGAGAACAUCAGUCUCGAUGCAGUCGCCGCAUUCAGGGCCCAGGGCUAUCAUGUCGACCAUUUUAGCAAGGCCAUGUCUGAGGACGAGCUGGUCGAGAAGAUCGGUUCUUACCAUGCCAUCGGCAUUCGCAGCAAGACAAAGAUAACCGAGCGAGUGCUCAAAGCUGCGUCCAAGCUCCUGGUCAUUGGCUGCUUCUGCAUCGGCACAAACCAGGUCGACCUCACCGCAGCCGCACGCGCUGGUAUUCCUGUGUUCAACUCCCCCUUCUCCAACUCCCGCUCCGUCGCAGAGCUCGUCAUGUCUGAGCUUGUCGCACUUUCGCGCCAGCUCUUCGAGCGCACAUACGAGCUCCGCAAUGGCAUCUGGAACAAGCAGUCCAAGGGCUGCUGGGAGAUCCGCGGCAAGACUCUCGGAAUUGUGGGCUAUGGCCAUAUUGGCUCCCAGCUCUCCGUCCUCGCAGAGGCAUUUGGUCUCCGUGUGCUGUUCUACGACGUCGUCAACAUCAUGCCCCUAGGCUCCGCGCGCCAGGUCGAGACUCUCGCCAGUCUGCUCUCUCAGUCUGACUUUGUCACCCUCCAUGUUCCCGAACUCCCAGAGACCAUCAAUAUGAUCUCCAAGGAACAGCUCUCUCAGAUGAAGAAGGGAUCUUACCUCAUUAACAAUGCCCGCGGCAAAGUGGUCGAUAUCCCCGCUCUCAUCGAGGCUCUGCAAUCGAAACAUCUCGCUGGUGCAGCUAUUGACGUUUUCCCCUCCGAGCCAGGUGCGAAUGGCGCCCCAUUCGACGACCAAUUGAAUUCCUGGGCCAGCGUACUGCGUGCGCUUCCUAACGUCAUUCUCACUCCUCAUAUCGGAGGCUCAACAGAAGAGGCUCAGAAGAUGAUUGGCGAGGAAGUCGCACAGGCUUUGUCCCGAUAUCUCAGCUACGGCUCAACCGUCGGUGCAGUCAACUUCCCGGAAGUCGACCUGCGCGCCAUCUCGGCGGAGCAAGGUGGCCAGAUUCGUAUUUGCCACAUCCACAAGAACCAGCCUGGUGUCCUGAAACAGGUCAACGAGGCCUUGUCCCCGUACAACGUUGAGAAGCAGUAUACAGAUUCAAAAGGCGAGGUCGCGUACCUCAUGGCCGAUAUCGCAGAUGUCAGCUUCAAGGAUCUCCCUCAUCUCAAGGACCGCAUCAGCUCCACAGAUUCCAACAUCAUCACUCGAUUCCUGGCCUGA